UCACAAAACUUACCGAUGCACUCAUAUCUGUGCAUCAUUCAUAUAAUACAAAUUGAAGAUAAGAUACAUCCAGUCAUAUAUAACCUACAACUGUGAUGAUGAUGAUCUGAAUUAAAACAAGCAUUACACUUAGCAAUCUUUAUCACUGACACUUCAAGAUAUUAUGCUUGCUUUACAUUUUCUACCCCUGAAGUUAUUUGCGAUGCUGGUUCCCUUGACUGGUGGGAUGCGAUUGUUGGACUUGGCAGACAGAGCUAAUACGCAAGGGAUAACUGAGGCUUGGCAUCAAGACUGAAAACACAAUUUUCCUGGAUUGUAUCGGUCCAUUAUCUGGCCCAUCACCUCAAGCUCACUGCUGGAGACACAAUUAAGGAAGUGCACUAAGUUAAAGAGAUCAUUGACAUGCUUGAAAUUAUCUACAAGGUCUCCAAAAAUGUGGCGGGAAUUGAGAGAGGUAAGUGAUCUAAUGGAAAGCCAAAGUGCUGAAGCCACAAAGAACGCAAGGGACCCACUAGCUUACCGAUCUGAGACAUGCCCUCUAAAUACAGUCAGUCCGCAAGCCCGUAUGCUAAUGAGCAAAACCGUCAAAUUUAUCCAAGUCCUCUCGUACAUUCUCGGACAUUGUUCGAGUCUCGCAGUUUGCGAGACAAUUCCACUGCUGAGUUUGUAACGCGAUGUACAAAACUGUGUGCACAUUUUCUUCGAAAUGUUGGGGUAUCCCCAGCAUCAGCAGGCAUCGCUUCAAGGAAAAGUCCAUAUCUAUGGUGAUUCUAUUUUUCGGGAUCUGCAAGACAACCUAGAAAGGCUAGAUUUUAAUUGUGAAGUUUUCGUUUUGCCUGGUGGCACGGUGUCAUCUUUAAGGACAUUCAUUAGAGACAAGGACAUUUUUGACGUUGAAGACGUGGAAGUCGUUUUGUUACAUAUAGGAACAAACAAUUUGUCAAAGAGUGUGUGGGAUUGGGACAAAAAAUCCUACACAAAAUUAUAUACGACUGUUCGGGAGAGGUAUCCCUCAUCAAAAAUAAUUUUUAGUGCAAUUCUUCCCCGUUGGGACUGCGAACUAUUGUACGAGGCCAGUCUUUUUUACAAUCUACAUCUCCACUCUCUUACUACUUCUUUCUGGAACUGUUCUUUCUUGGAUUUUUCUUCGCCCUUUUGUCUUUAUGACGAUCUUUUUGCAUAUGAUGGACUUCAUUUAAACUUUUUUGGAAAGAGGAUAUUUUCCGAAGAGGUACGAAAAGGAAUAGUGAAGUCGAUACAACCCAGUACAGGAAGGAAGUAUGUACCGCCCGAGUUAAAGAAACUGUGGACACCUCGCCCUCUGAGGAAAAAGAAGCAGAACGAGUCACUGCCAUCAUGUCAGAAGACACGGGAAAAUACAUGUACACCUCCUCCGCCAUCUCACCGGGAUGAGUCUAUCCCAAUAUCAUCAUCCCGGCUACCAAUGUCCCCUCCAUCAUCUCGCGAGACCCAGUCACACUCAACAUCAGCUAGCCAGACUUGUCUUACUGCCAUGCCAUCCUCUUGCCAGUCUAAUAACUCUCAAACAUCAUCUCCCAAGUCCUUUCACCGUUCAUCAAAGAAUCGAAAGAAACGUAGAGGAAGAAAUUGCCGCGCUUUGAGAAUGGAUUUAUCUUGCCGAAAUACCCAGCCAAGCAACCAGAUUAUCUCCCACUUCCACCUAACCAACACAGGCCAAAUACAAGCAUGCUGUACUUCAUCCCCUACGUGCGAUUUCCUUUGCCUCCAAAGGUUUCAUACAGUUUCGAAGACCUUCCCAGACCUCAUUCUGGAUAUGUUCGUACCAAGAUUCAUCUCCGGUUAAAGAAAAGUCGAAUGAGAUCAAGUAAACGAAAGAGAGACAGAAGAAAGGUAAAUGUAUUUUAUAUUCCAUGUUUUCUUCAACCUCAUAACUGAUUAUCUUCUAGUUGCAGAUGGAGUAUCGAGCAAAGUACAGAUACAUGUAGUUUCAGAUUAUUGGAAUUCACAUAUUAAUAUUUAUCAAGAUACUAUAAUAAAAAAAAUUGCAGAAUUAAAACAAAAUGUGUUCUAUUUUUUUUUUGUUUUCACCAUUGUGAAGUGAUGAAGAUUUAAGUAGUAUUGAAAACAGAUAGUUAUUCCUAAAAGAUAUUUCUUCUUUGUUGAUAAUGCAAUUCUUUAAAACCUUUGCUUCCUAUUUGUCUCUUUGAUGUUCAUUCCAGAUGGACCUUUUCUACUCAAGCUACUGCUGCCAUAGUCUUCUGUUGGGGUGAGGCCAUGCGGAAAAGACAAAUGUGGUACCUGCACACUCUGUAAUAGACAAUCAACGAGGUACUGUCACAUUAGUGGAAUAAAUUCUCAAGAUCUGAUUGAUAAAAUACAUGAACAUUUUAAGCAUGUCAGUGACACAGACUGUAUCUGUAAUGCAUGUAGACAAAAAUAUAGCACAAAAGUAAAAAAUAGUACAUACACUCCUAAAAAAACAAGGCUAAAAGGAGAAAGGGGUAUAUGUAUUUUGACACAUAUGUCAAAAUGUGCAGGUAUUUCAACAGUGGAGACAUCAGGUAUAUCAUAAGAUGAAUUCAAUUCUGCUUUCUCUCUCAAUUUACAGGAAAUUCCAGUAUCUAUUGAGUUUUGUCAAAAACAUAGGGCACAAAUGUCAAAUUACCAGAUACUCCAAAAUUGUAAAUGUGCUGUAUGUGGUUAUGUAGUUAAAUUAUCACAAAAGAAAUACAACUGGCGCGAUAAUGAAAACAUUGACAAAGACAAACUGAAAAUAAUCAAUUCUGAUUUCCUUGAGAGUGAAAGGGAGGCGUUAUGCAGGGAAUGUUAUAGAUUUUCAUAUAAAGGUAGAGUUCAAUCUGAAGUAAAUAUAGAAAUCAUGGAUAGUGUAAUAGAUAUAGAUGAAGAUAAACUAUCUGGUUCAAAUUUGGAAUUAGAACAAAUAUGUCAUACUACUUUGAAACAGGUAUGUGUAUGGACUAAAACAGAUUAUGCAUUUUUGUUGACUAAUGCAUAUGAUUUCUUUCUCAAGGAACUAGAAAAAUAAUUUCCUCCUGAUUCUGAAGCAUAUCAGGAUUCUUAUCAAACUAGUCCCUGGCUGAUGACCAAAAUUUUGAGUACCUUUGAAAAUCUUUUUUCGGUUCAAAGAACAUCCAAAAAGAAAGGAAUUUUGAUAUAUGUAAAAAACAUUUCACCUGAUCAACUACUUACAAGUUUACACGAUGCUCACUCAAAGAUCCGACAUUUAGUAGAGGAGAUGAUCAGUUUGAAGAUGUAUCUUUUGAUAAAGAUAGUACAAAGUCUGUUCAUGUGGAAGGCUCUCUACGUUCACUUUUAGAAGAUGGGAAUAAACGUCUUAGGAGUCAGGCUAAGAGUAUAAAUGAUAUUUUUGUACCUAAUCCACUUUCAGUAGCUGAAUUUACUCUUCUCGACGCUGCAGCAUCGUUUGAUCCUAUUAUUUGGAAUAUUGUCUGUUUGCUUACUUCAAAUUCAGAAGAAACACAUUUUUUCAAACAAUCUUCUCUUUGCAUUACAAAAGACCAUAUAUGUUUUCCAAACGAAAGUUCAUCAUCUGGCAUACAAAGAAAAAUCAGAAGGGUAGUUGUAGUUUUCAUUUUGCAAUUUUUAUUGAGUGAUACAUGCACAUACCCCUUUCAUAUUAUUAUUGCUAAUGUUGUAAAGAGAAUGUCCCACUCUUCAAAGCUACUAAAAAUAAUGAACAAGUUAGGAUUGUCAUGUUCUGAAUCAACCCUUGAGAGGUUUUUGCAACAUGUAAAGGAUGUCAGAGAUGUAAAUGGGUCCUUGUCAACUCUUAAUACUAAUGCUCUUACACUAGUUACUAUUGAUAACAUUGAUGUUCUGGCAUCACAUGCAGGUGUGUUUGCAGACAAAGAAAGGAGCUGGCAUGGUACAUCAAUAAUGGCACAGCAACCAAAACCUUCCACCAAAAUUUUAGACAGUCGUUUUGAAAGGCUUUCCAAUCCAAGUACAAGCUCCUCAGAUCCAAGUGCCAGCUCUACUGCACAAGUUCCAAAAAGAAAACCAUCUGUUCGAAAAAAGAUCAAACUCACUCACUCUCUUGAUGCUCCUACAAAAGAAUAUUUCCAACUUACUCAUUUCAAAACAUAUCUAAGAUCACAGGUGUCCUGGGAAACUUUUAUUCUUUCAGAUACAGAAAAAAAGAUGCUACAAACAAUCAACAAUGACAUGUUGCUUUAUGACUUGGAGAGAUAUUUACCUGUAAGAAAUGAGGAGCAAUCAAUUACAUUAUUACCCAGUUUUAAAUGCAAGCUGCUCCUCAAUAGUAAACAUGACAAAACUGAAAAGUCUAAAUUUUCUUAUCUGUAUAUAUUAGACCAGCCAGCCGAUUCCAAACAAACUCUUCAGAUGUCAAUCCAACUUUUGUAUGAUCUUUUCCAAAUC